AUGAAGCUCAGCAAGCGAGUCAUCAGAAUGGGGAAGUCCUCAGCAAUCAAGAAGGUCGCCGAACAUCUAAAGAAUCACCCCGAAGCCAAGGUGAUCUUUAUGGUUGGGGCUGGCAUAUCAACUUCCUGCGGGAUCCCCGACUUUAGGUCACCUAAAACUGGUCUAUAUCAUAACCUUGCCAAGCUGAACUUGCCCUUUGCUGAAGCGGUAUUUGACGUGGACUACUUUGACAAGAAUCCACAGCCGUUUUAUACUUUGGCGAGGGAACUAUAUCCUGGUAACUUCAAGCCAAGCAAAUUUCACUAUUUGAUGAAGCUUUUUGAGAACAACAAGAGACUUCAGAGAAUCUACACACAAAACAUAGACACCUUGGAACAUCAAGCUCUAAUCAGUGGGAGCUACGUAAUCGAAGCCCAUGGUAGCUUCUCGAAAAAUCACUGCAUCAAGUGCUCGAAGGAGUAUCCUUUGGAAAAAUUCAAAUCCAAACUAAAGAUUGAUGAAACACACUCUGAAGAUUCUGGCUCGACUGAUUUUGAUUAUGCAAGAUGCGAUGACUGUGGUGGACUUGUGAAGCCUGCUAUUGUCUUUUUCGGAGAAGGCCUACCAAGCAGAUUUUUCGAUACCUGGGAAGAAGAUCAAGAAUGGUUUCUCAAAGAAAAGGAGAAGAACCAUCUAGUGCUAAUAGCUGGAACUUCUCUUACAGUCUAUCCAUUUGCUUCACUACCUGAAGAGGUACCGCCCGAAGUAAGAAGAGCUUUAAUCAACCAAGAGCUGGUUGGUGAUUUUAAGGCAUUUCCUCGAGAAGAAGAUAUCAUCAUCCACGGGGACGUUGAUGAUGCGGCGCAGAAAUUAGCCGCCGAGCUUGGCUGGUUAACAGACCUUGAACUAUUAGCCGCUGGCGGGCAGGAAGCUUCUGCAACCGAGGAAGUAGAAAUACUAGUUUCACAGCUUGGAGGAUUGGAUUUAGACGGCAAGAUAUCGACAGAAAAGACGGAAACAUGA